GUGAGAAAGCGAAUAUGACUUGAUCUAUUUCGUCUGGUAAGGCAGUAUGGACAAGAAGAAGUCAACAGAUGGACCAUCAGUGAGCAAUCCCCACGCCUUCGACCCUCACCGUCUGCCGGACUGGGACAACGACUUCGUUGAUGACGAGGAUUUCUCGGCAUUUCAGUCAGCGUUGGCAGCCCCCGAGAAUCUGACUGCAUCGCCGUCAGAGGAGGACCUCGCCGCCACUCUUCGCAAGAACCCGCCGAAUGCCGCGGAGUUCAUCACCGCCCUGAACGACUGGCGGCCUGUACGGCAGCGAAAGGUCAGACGAUCGGGGUCAAGCGCCUCUGGGAAAAAAGGCAGGGCAGGCAAGAAGUCGAGAAGGGGCAGAGACGAAGUCAGGGAGGGCUGGACUUAUUCUUUGGUCAAGUACCCGCUGCUGUUCUUCGUCUUCGGCUGGAUCACCUUUCUGGGCAUCUGCUAUCUCCUUACCAGAUUCUACAUAUGGCUAUACGAGCAAUACGUGACCUGGAGGGGUACUCGCGAUCGCUUGCGGAAGACUUUAAGAAUUCAGGACAAUUAUGAAGAUUGGGUGAAGGCUGCUGAGAACCUUGACCGCCAUCUGGGCAACGAUGCUUGGAAGGAUGAUGAUGAAGGCUCGUACUAUGAUUGGAAAACGAUACGGCGAAUCGUUAGGGAAGUACGGAGGUUACGGGCAGAAGCAGAGCAAGAUGAGCGCCGUCAAGCACGGCGCACUGCACGCGAAGACCGCAGGGCCAUUGAUGAGCUGCGCUCUGUGCUGGAGACGUGUGUCAAGAAUAACUUCGCCGGCAUAGAGAAUCCUCGUCUGUACUCCGAAACUUACUAUGGGACUAAGUCACUUCUUCAGACUUACAUCGACGAAACGGCAGAGUCUCUCAAAUUCCUCUUUGCAAGCAAUCAACUCACCCAAGCCGACAAGCGGAGCUUAUCUAAGCACUUUUCAGCCAAUUUGGGACGCUCGGCCUUAUGCCUGAGUGGCGGCGCAACGUUUGCGUACUACCAUUUCGGCAUAGCCAAAGCUCUGCUAGAUGCCGAUUUGUUGCCAGCUAUCAUCACAGGGACUUCUGGCGGAGCUCUGGUGGCUGCUCUACUCGCAACACGCACCGAUGCAGAAUUGAAAGAGCUGCUUGUACCGGCGCUGGCCUCCCGCAUCACUGCUUGCCACGAUGACUUUAAGACAUGGUUCUUGCGAUGGUGGCGGACUGGAGCCCGCUUCGACUCGGUCGACUGGGCCAAGCGAUGUGCCUGGUUCUGCCAUGGCAGCUUGACCUUUCUUGAGGCAUACCAGCGCACAGGACGUAUCCUCAACGUCACUUGUGUCCCAUCGGAUCCGCAUUCCCCCAGCAUGCUGGUGAAUUAUCUUACCGCGCCUGACUGUGUUAUCUGGUCUGCAGUCCUUGCGUCUGCUGCAGUGCCUGGAAUACUCAACCCUGUCGUACUCAUGCGCAAGAAUUCCCACGGCAGCCUUGAGCCGUUCUCGUUUGGACACAAAUGGAAGGAUGGAUCUCUGCGAACCGACAUUCCGCUCAAAAGCUUGAACCUGCAUUUCAACGUCAACUUCAGUAUUGUCUCACAAGUCAAUCCACACGUGUCUUUGUGGUUCUUCUCCUCGCGUGGCACAGUGGGCCGGCCUGUAACGCACCGAAGAGGGCGUGGAUGGCGCGGUGGCUUCCUUGGCUCUGCUAUUGAGCAGUUCAUCAAGCUCGAUCUGAAUAAGUGGCUGAAAGUGCUGCGACAUCUGGAGCUACUUCCGAGACCGCUUGGGCAAGACUGGAGUGAGGUGUUCUUACAACGCUUCAGCGGCACCAUCACCAUCUGGCCCAAAACCAAGAUAUCUGACUUCUGGCAUAUCCUCUCCGACCCUACAAUGCAGCGACUUGCUGGGAUGAUCCGCGCUGGCCAGCUAGCUGCAUGGCCCAAGCUCAAGUUCGUUGCCAAUCGUAUGGCUAUCGAACGUAUUAUUGAACAAGCCCGAGAGGCAUACCGACCUCCCGAAGGGCAAGUCCUACCACCAACUCCUAUGGAACGUCCACAAGCUCGACUCCGUAGCGUCCUCAGUGAAGAAGAUUUGGAAGGUCUUCUUGAGAAAGCGCGCGCCAGUAACGGGAUUGUCGAAGUGCCCGAACGACUUUUGUCGCCGGCCGUUGAGCGUGAGCAACCCGCUUGGCGGCCAUUGCCCCAGCGUCAAGACUCGCCAUCUUUCACAAAACGCAUGUCGAACUUUUGGGGCUCGCUGCAAACUCCUACGCCUCGCACAAGUUCCGAGACUGUCAGACCUAGUCGGAGAGAACUCCCUGCGCGGUCGCCGUCCGUCGAUACUAGACGCAAUAGCGGCGUCAUGGAGGAACUUGUCCGACAAAGCCGAGUAUUCUUUGACGAUUUCGCGGACGACAGCGAAGCCGCCAGCGAUCAGCAUACCGACGCAGAACAUACUGAUGCAGAACAUACUGAUGCAGAGGAUGAUGAACAAGAUGACACCAACGCGCAUUAGGACUGGACUGUCGAACGAGCAGGACCUACUGUGCCAUCAGGCAUUACAGUGCUGAAGGCGGCAGUCGAUGCAGUGUUGACUAUCAUGGCAAAAUUUCGGCUUGUGAUCAGCGUCGUAUUCACGGCGCUUCCGAGAGCUAUGACCUGGCGAAGGUGCCUAUGCUGUAUCUUCGCGAAUCAAACAUGACGUAGGGAGAUUGUCGUUCUGGGAGCGGUCUGAAACUGAUGAAACUGCGAUACGAACAAAGUACUGUAGCUUCGCGGUACAUCAGUAUCCUU